AUGGAUGAGAAAACAUCAGAGACACAUUGCCAACAAGAAAACGCAGCUCAUGGUAUAAAUGAUUGUUUUAAGCAGCUGAACGCAACUUUGAGAGGCGCCGCAAGCUGCAUGGAUGAGCUUGAAGAGCAGACAAGAAGCUUGGAACAGCUGCUAAACUUGAAAGGCUGCGCUGAGAAAAUUGGGGACCUUACCCGGAGAGUUGGAAAGCACGAGGAGUUGUUGAGGAUUGCCAACGAGCGAUUUAAUCUACAACAAGAGCUCAUAAAACAAUUACUCAAAGACCAAGCCUCAACUUCUGACCAAGUUACCCUCAUUACACGACAACUUGCACACCAGCGAGACCAAAGUGCGCAACAGAUGGAACAACGUGGGGCUCACCCGUCUAGUCUAACCCAAAACAACAGUGCCACAGAGACUUAUGAUUAUAUCUUUGUCUCGGAAGAUGAAGAUGAAGCCACUAGUUGA